ACCGCUUUAAAUAUGCUUGAAUUAUAUUAAAAGCUCGCAGCGUCUUGUCACGGAGCGGUACGGAGCGUUUUCUUUCAUCCGAGAGGACAAGUUGACACAUGUUCACGCAUGGAGCCACGCCACAGCUUCCCACAGACAGCCGUCCAUCUGUAGCCUCCAUUGCAGUAGGGAAGUGUCUUAAUGUUGCCAGUUGGUGUUGGUGACUGUCAUUCUGUGUGGCCUCAGCACCUAGAGCAACACAUCCCAGAAGAGACGAGAAGACCAGACACACAGUGAAAAUGACUCUUUUUCGCUCACACUAGAGCUGUUUUUCUCACUCUCCCUCACAAUCUCUCAUCCCAUCUGUCGGAGUACACAUGCCAAGGCUGUUUCAUAAGUAGACAUUCAUCUCUCGUCUGCAAUAUUUUGAGUGACACUUUCUCUCACGAUCAUUAAAAGAUUACUUUCUUUUGGACAGGAAGCCUUUGCUUUUUGGUCGUUUGCGAGAUUUUUACGGUCAUAUAAAAAUCGGCACUUAAAAAACCCUCAGAGGGGUUUACAACCCCAAACUUUUUUUAAUUUAGCAGCUUCAGAGGAAGCAAUGGAUUUUCUCUCCUUAGUUCUUUCAACAUCAGCUAGCAUCAUGAUUCACCGCUACGUACAUAGUAGUCCCACUUAAAUUACAGUUGUUCCUAUUUUUUCGCCUCAUCGGACACCUUAAAUCAAGCUCUGCCAGCCUCAUCCUACUCUAGUAUGAGUUAUGACAACUCUAAAUCAGUGGCCAGCAGCAACGCUCGGGGGCGAGUGGCAAGGGCCGGCGAGAAAGACAAUGACCAGGAAGCUGUGUCCGAAGGGUUAAACUCGCCAAAAAGCAGCAACAGCAGCAGCAACAGCAGCAGCAGCAGCAGCAGCGGCGGUCAGCCCAGUGCCAAUGUCAGCACUCAGGAGCAAGGAAGCGGAGUCGGAGGAGGCUCCUCUCCCAGCGGAGGGUCGGGAUCUGGAGGGAUGUCCAGCGACAGAAGGGGCCUCAACUCCGACGACAUGGACGGCCUCUCCAGCGGGAACGACUCCGGGGAGAGGGAGAGCGAAGGCGGGAUGGAGAGGGACAGCGGCUCACGCGGGCGUCAGUCUGUACACAGCUCCCACAGCUCGUCCAAUGGCAAGGACUCCGGCAUGAUGCUGGAAACCACGGAGAGCAACAAGAGCUCCAACUCCCAGAGUCUCUCACCUCCUAGCGGCUCCCUGGCCUACAGCUUGCUGUUGACCAGCUCAGAGCGCGACCCUCCCUCCACCUCGGGCUGCAGCAGCGACCAGUCGGCAAGGGUCCAGACCCAGAAAGAGCUAAUGAAGGCCAUCAAGGAGCUGAAACUCCGCCUGCCAUCCGAGCGCAAGUCCAAGGGCCACUCCAGCACUCUAAAUGCACUUAAAUACGCCCUCCAGUGUGUCAGACAAGUCCGAGCCAACAAGGAGUACUAUCACCAGUGGAGUGUGGAGGAGUGCCACGGCUGCAGUCUGGACUUGUCUGCCUUCACAAUUGAGGAGCUUGACAACAUCACCUCAGAAUACACCCUCAAAAACACUGACACGUUCUCCAUGGCCGUGUCAUUCUUGUCAGGGAAAGUCGUGUACGUAUCACCCCAAGGCUCAUCUGUGCUGCGCUGUAAGCCCGAGUGUCUCCAGGGGACCAUGUUUUCGGAGCUUUUGGCGCCUCAGGACGUCAGCACUUUCUACAGCGGCACGGCACCCUGCCGUCUGCCGCUCUGGGCGUCCUGCAUCGGUUCUGCCUCUCCUCCAGUUGACUGCACUCAGGAGAAGUCCAUGUUCUGUCGAAUCAGCGCAGACCGGACGCAGGGCGGCGAGAUGCGCUACUACCCCUUCCGCCUCACACCCUACCAGCUCACUAUCAGAGAUUCAGACACUUCUGAGGCACAGCCCUGCUGCCUGCUCAUCGCUGAGAAGGUCCACUCUGGAUACGAGGCUCCUCGGAUCCCUCCAGACAAGAGGAUCUUCACCACCAGUCACACUCCCAGCUGCCUUUUCCAGGAAGUCGACGAGAGGGCAGUGCCGUUGUUGGGCUACCUGCCUCAAGACUUGGUGGGAACCCCCACCCUGCUCUACAUCCACCCUGAGGAUAGGCCCACCAUGGUGGCUAUACAUGAGAAAAUCUUUCAGUUUGCAGGGCAGCCGUUUGAGUAUGCACCGCUGAGGAUGUGUGCCCGCAGUGGGGAAUACCUGACCAUUGACACCAGCUGGUCUUCCUUUGUCAACCCCUGGAGCCGGAAGGUGGCGUUUAUUGUUGGGCGCCACAAAGUCAGAACGAGCCCACUGAAUGAGGACGUGUUCACGGCACCGCAGGGCUGCGUGAGUCGCGUCACCACCCCGGACAUCGUGCAGCUGAGCGAGAGGAUCCACCGGCUCCUGGUGCAGCCCGUGCACAGUGGCGGCUCUCAGGGCUACAGCUCGCUCGGGUCCAGCGGCUCACGAGGCUCUCGCCGCUCACACCAGCAGCACCUCAGUGCCUCAGCCACCUCCUCCAGCGACAGCAAUGGCCCCGCCAUGAAUAAAGCUGCCACUGCGGUCGCUUUGCACAAGCCUAUGACGUUCCAGCAGAUCUGCAAAGAUGUUCACAUGGUCAAGACUAACGGGCAACAGUCCUUCAUCGAGUCCCGUAACCGGCCACUACCCAGAAAAAACACCAGCACAGGCACAACAACCAGCCUCCGAGCCAUCAACAGUGACCCAAUCAGAGGUCUGAUAGUUGAUAUGACCAAACCUCCCGAAGCCCUGGUCCCUCAACCGCUUGUACAGAAGGAGCCCCCCACUGGCUACUCCUACCAGCAGAUCAACUGUCUGGACAGCAUCAUAAGGUACUUGGAGAGCUGUAACAUUCCUAAUACGGUUAAAAGGAAAUGUGGCUCGUCCUCCUGCACUGCGUCCUCCACAUCUGAUGAUGACAAACAGCAGGAAGCCAAUGGAAACACCAAAGGCGGUUCAGUUAGCCUGGUAGGGGAGCCUCCCCCUCUGCCACCACUGACCAUGGCCACCAAGGCAGAGAGUGUAGCUUCAGUCACUUCCCAGUGUAGCUUCAGCAGCACCAUUGUGCAUGUGGGAGACAAGAAGCCUCCUGAGUCAGACAUCGUCAUGGAGGAGGCUCCUACCACUCCUACACUUGCUCCGCCUAUCACUACUCCAACUCCUCCCGCCAGAGGCCUGACGCCUCCCACUAACACCUCCAUUACCCCUCCUUCUCUUCCUCCCCCUCCUCCUCCUCCACCCCCACACUCUCAAGCCACUCAACCGGAGAGGGACAGCUGGAGAAGUGGAAGUGGAGGAGCAGCAGCAGGAGGAGGAGGUGGAGGCCGGCGGGGUCUGACAAAGGAGGUACUCUCCGCCCACACCCAGCAGGAGGAGCAGGCGUUCCUCCACCGCUUUAAGGACCUCAGCAAGCUGCGCGUGUUUGAUCAGACGGCGUCUUCGACUGUGCGCUGCCACACACAAGCUGCCAACCCUCUGUCACGAGGUGUGCGUUGUUCUCGCGACUACCCAGCUGCAGGAGGCACCUCCGGCCACAGACGUGGUCGUGGGGGUAAGAGGCUCAAGCACCAGGAGUCAUCUGACCAGCACAGUUCCCUGGGCCUAAACGGGGGCCGCAGAGACCCCAGACACGGCACAGCCCCCGGACCCCUCAACAUGCCUCCCGGGCCCCUCAACAUGCCUCUGGGACCCCCCACUAGCUCCUCCUCCUGGCCGUCUGUGUGCUCCCAGGCCAGCAUUCCCGCUCCCCCUUUCGCUCCCGGUAUGCUUCCGAUCUACCCCGUCUACCCGCCGCUCACGCAGCCCUUACCUGUCCCAGAUCCAUCACGUUUCCCACCUACCCAGAUGGUGCCUCCCAUGAUGGCCCUCGUUCUGCCCAACUACAUGUUCCCCCAGAUGGGAGCGCCCAUUUCUCAGCCAGGCGCCAACCCCGGACACUUCUACAAUCCUAACUUUACUUACCCUGGCGCCACCCCAGCCGUUGUCCCCACUGCUGUUUCCAACCCAAUGUCCAUUCCAGGCAUGGGUGCCCCGUCUCGUAGCAGCACCCCCCAGUCCUACAGUCAGACACCUGCUGACCGCGAGGGGGCAGAGUCCCCCCUCUUCCAGUCCCGAUGCUCCUCCCCUCUCAACUUGUUGCAGCUGGAGGAGUCUCCCAGCAACCGGUUAGAGGUCGCCACGGCCCUGGCUGCUUCACAGCAAGCCCCACCUUCUGUGCAGGGUGGUGCAGCCGGGGGACAGAGCUCACCAAAUCAGAGGAGCUCUGAUGAUAACUCCAAGGAGAAUGAGAAUGGUGAAACUAAUGAGUCCAACCAGGAUGCCAUGUCCACGUCCAGCGACUUGCUGGAUAUGUUGCUGCAGGAAGACUCCCGCUCAGGCACUGGCUCCGCUGCGUCUGGAUCAGGAUCCUCAGGCACGAGGUCCUCGGGUUCUGGUUCCGGCUCCAAUGGCUGCAGCUCCUCUGGUACCAGCGGCACCAGCAGCAGCCAGGGCAGCCACACCAGCAAAUACUUUGGUAGUAUUGACUCGCUGGAGAACGACCAUGCCCGCAAACAGCCAGCAGGGGGCAGCAGCAGCACCGGGGGAGACGGAGGUGAGGAGCAGUUUAUCAAGUGCGUCCUCCAGGACCCCAUCUGGCUGCUCAUGGCCAACACAGAUGACAAGGUCAUGAUGACAUAUCAACUGCCUGUCAGAGACAUGGAGACGGUGCUGCGUGAGGAUCGUGAGGCCCUCAGGAAUAUGCAGAAACAACAGCCUCGCUUCACAGAGGAGCAGAAGAGGGAGCUCAGCCAGGUGCACCCUUGGAUCCGCACAGGACGUCUGCCCCGAGCCAUCAACAUCUCUGGCUGCACAGGCUGCAAGUCUCCACCCUCCGUGCCUCCCGCCGCCCCGUUCGACGUGGAGAUCCACGAGAUGGAGCUGUGCAGUGUGCUCAAGUCUCAAGAAGAAAGUGCCAGUAAGGCCAAGAAAAACCUAUCCGAGACAGCCAUGGACGAAGCCCAGCCGGAGGACGAAGAUGAGGAGGAGGAGGUCCAAGAGAAAGAAACCAAAACACAAGACAGCAACCAAGACAUGACAACAGAGGAGCAGAGAGUGACCUCAGAGUCUGUGGAAGAAAAGGCGGCGGGGGCUCAGCCGCCCGAGUCUGACAUGACUCACUAAGCAGGUGGCCAAAGAUAAAGAAGAAUAAUGUUUAUCGGGACCUUUCUACAUUGAUAUGCAGGAUAUGUGCACCUGCCAGGACUGUAUGUGCCCUUAACAUCAUUACACAGGAUGUAAGAUGUUGAAAUGGCCUCUGCUGGGACUUUAAGGUGCAUAUUAAUCGAGACAACUGCCAUUUACUGUUUGACAGGUCAGGCGGCACACUUUGCCGAAAAUAAAUCUUCAUCGAGUCUGACUUUGAUGACAGCACACCAGGCAUGUUGUAUGACUGCAUACGAGAUGCCUUGGAAACCACAGGAUGUGCACACUCAGUUUUAGAGAGUGAGGUAGUAUUUUGUUUUUUUCCCCCCCUCGGCUGUUCUUGUAGUUCUCGGCAUAUUUAUUUAAAGUUGUAAAAUAAUCAGAGAGGACUAAGGUGAAUGUGUUACAAAAAGGCGCCUUUACAUAAAGAUGGAUGUGCUUCACCACAGUGUCCUCCUUGACGUUUUCAUCUCUCCUGUUCAGGAUUGAGCUCGCGAGGAAAGAAGGGAGCUUAUCCGCUCACCUCUGACUUUUCUUCUCUUGUUGAAUGUUUCCCAGGUUGUGGGAUCCUGCUCCCACUUAGGUCCUGUUUUCUCUCAAAGACUGAAUUUAGGUUUUGUCAUGGAAACCUUGCUCCGACUACAGAAAAAGCAGCGUUCACCCAACAGAUAAAAUGUACAGUGAAAGCCAGGUUGACUUUAUUUUGUAAACAUUGUGUAUAUUUUUAUACUUUCAUCUACUGCAAAUAGAGAGGAUAAAUGCCCAAAAGAGUGUCUGUACUAUAAAAAGAAAGAUAUGUGACAAAGUCCAGGAUUAAAAUCUUAUUUGUUUUACAUUUGCGGCAAAAAUAACAAUCAAAUCACAGUCUCUGUAGCUGUGUAACACUGCAAUCUAGUUUAUUCACAUGAGCGAUGUACAGUUUAAAUCGUAGGGCAGCGUGGCAAUCGCCAGGAGACGGACCUGGACUUUAAGGUCUCGCCUUGGCCGGGCAUUAGUUUGUGCAUUCGUGUGGUCACCCAAGAGUGAUAAAUGAACAAUGCCUCUCUGAGAAGUUACUCUCUCACAAACAUCACAAGACAGUAUUUCCCAAACUGCCAGCACCCUAAGGAGCUGUAAAGCCCUUCAGUUGAGGGAGAGCUUUUGUGUUGCCAGUGCUUGCUCAUGGUGGUAAAGUGAAUUUUUUAAAAAGAGGUGGACGUAGCUCUCUAAAAAACGUCUCGAGAGUUCAGAGAGUGUUUACUAUCUUCUCUUUUCCUCUCUGUCCCUUUCUCUUCCUCUCUGUGGCACUGUUCUGGUCAUGUGAUAUCCUAUGCUUUAUGGCGUCAGUGGUGUCUGCGACAGUUUCUUAAUAUUUUUGUGAAAUUCUUUGUACAAGAAACACAAUAAAAUGACUUGAAAGUCCUUUAAA